CCGAGUGGGCUGCUUUAUUAUUAACUGCGUGGUGUUUGUUUUCUUUUAUUGUUAUUAUUCCAGCCGCAUGUGGCUGAGGUAUAUAGUGCUUGUAGAAAAGUUUCAGAUUGUCCGCCGUACACACUAGUAGAAAAAUCGCUUUUUACUUCGGUACAAAUAACUUCGGUAAUUAGGGAUUUCAAAGUACUAUAUAAUAAACAACUUCGGUAAUAACAUUAAGGAAGUAAAGAAUAUGUUUUACUUCCCAUUUAAAAAAAUGCGGGCUUCACUUUUUUUGUUUGGUAUCUUAUUACUUUGGCAUAAUGUAUUUGAUAAAGUAAAAAAGGUAAAAAAAAUGAUGAAUGCUGAAGUAAAUACUGAAGUAAAAAAGAUCAACCGGAUAUAAUUAAUUUUAAUUGCCAUUUCACCCCGCGACUUUUUAUUUCACUUCCAUUUCAUCACGAUCCAGCAUUUUCAUUUUUUAAACCUAACCCUUCCCGCAACGUCGCCUUCCCUCUCCGGUUCCCUGCAGCGGUUGCGGAGGAGUCUCUGGCAUCGACCUCUCUUCUCCCUCUCGCUCUUGUCCUCCCCCUCCGUGAGCAUCCGGAGUCAUCUCGUUGGUCGGCCCGCCCUGCUUGGCCCCUUCACUGGCUACGCCGCCGUCCUUAACCACUCCCAAUUCCUCGAGCCAACUAGGAGGUUGCUAGAGGAAGUGUGCCGCUUCAGACCUAGCCAAGCGUCUGCCAACUGCAGAGGCUAUAGUAGCGACGAUGUCUUCCUCCUGGAGUUGCUCCUGGACUCGGAUAUCCCCAGCGAGAACCGUGCAUGAAUCCUCUGCCCUCUCCCUCGCCUCGGUCCCUUCCUCAAUUCUUCUGCUCCUCGAUGCUUCGUCCUUCAUGAGCAGUCAGUUCUUUGAUGGAUUUCGGGAGACUUUUCUAGGCUUUGGCGCUAGUGGUGCUGCACUUGGAGGUAAUCAAUCUAUUUCUGAUAUUGAAUUUCCCAUACUUGAACUCUAAGGUGGAGGUUGGUGCCUGUCUUUAGAUUCUUGCUCUUAUAGGAAAUCUACACUAUUAGGUUCAUCAAACUACAUGGAUCGCCAGAUUCCUUUUGUUGGCAUUCUGAGUAACAUCUCAUCACAAAAUCUUGGUAAAUACUGGACUUUAAAAGAAUGGGUGAAUCUUAUGAUUAUAUGUGUAUUUAAUCAACAAUAUUUUUUUCACUUUGCAGGCUCUUCUUUUGUUGGCAUUUAAAUAUUUGCAUAUUAAUAGUUCUUACUUUUAGUUAUUUUACAGAAUGGAACAAUACUUUGCUUUAGAGGCCAACGUAUAUGGAGGCAAUUAUGGGUGAACUCUUACAGAAAGGACUUGCAAAUGCUAAACAAGUCUUGAGCUUGAAUUUCAAUUAAGCUAAUGUUUAUUUAUUGGAAAAACUAUAGUCUUACAUAUGUUGCGUACUUCAUCAACAAUUUAUUCCUUACAAAUACUCAGGCUCUGUGCUUAUUUUAGUUUGUUAACUUCCAUGUUCUUGCAUCAUUUGAAUAUUUCAGAGGAACACAUUGCUUGAAGGAUAAUAAGGCUCAAUUUUCUUCUAUCCAAUUUUGCAGUAAAAGAAGCCUCGUUAAGUUUGUGUAUCUUUUAGUGAUUGAUGAUUCAAAUUCAAUCAUGUUAGAACCAUCAUAUUCUCAUCAACAGUAAGCAUAUACAUAGAGUUUAAUGACACUAUAUAUGUUUGGACAUCCUAAAAGUAUACGGUUGCUGAGAGAAGAUAUCUUGUGCUUUAUGGAAAUGAGAGAGAUAGGUGCCAGAUAGAUUUUGGGUUUACAUGGGAUAUGUUAACUUACAAUGUUUAUUUGCAUUUUAAUAUUUUAUUUGAAACUUGUCCACACCUUAAAACAUUUCUAACAUAGUUAUAUAAUAUUUGAGUGCAGUCACCUCUAUAAAUAUUUGAGAGAUGAAGACAGGGUUGAUUAUGUUUCAUUUGUGGAUCCCGACAACAUACCUACAUGCCCACUUGGUAAAGAUGGUCGUGACACAUCACAACAUAUUGUCGAUUCCCAUACAACACUGGGUAAUAUUUUAAUUAUUUAUCAAUUCUUACUACAUAUUAGUCAAUGUUAUAUUUUUAUUUUUGCAGGUACCAUUGGAUCUUGAUUAUUGUGAAUGAAGAUAAAAAUAUAAUAUAUUUAUUGGACUGUAUGUCUAAUAGAAAUCGAGACGAUGCAUGGAAAACUAUGGUGACCAAUGGGGUCAAGAUGUAUAAUGCCUCAAAGGGUAUUGCUAAAGCAUCAGGUUUUAAGCAAUUGAUGGGUAAUCUAAAACAAAGUGGUUCUGUUGAAUGUGGAUAUUGUGUGAUGAGGUACAUGAAAGAGAUAGUUGAAUGUAAAAAUCCACAGUUGGAGAAGAUGUUUGCAGGAACAAUCAAGAAUCAAUAUUACAAUCAAUCUCAAUAUGAUGAAGUCAGAAGUGAAUGGAGUGAAUUCAUCUACUCGUAUCUAGGUGCCUAAAUGGGUCGUGUACAUUAGGAUAAAUAUUUUAUUUUACAUUAUGGAUUUUUGGACAUACGUAC